AUGGACGUAGAGGACAAUUAUAUCUAUUGGAGUGACUCUUGGGGUGGUACCAUCAAAAGGAUGGAUCUUCAGACGCACAUAAAAGAAAAUGUGACGAAAGGCGUCGGUAAAGUGGGAGGAAUAGCUAUAGACUGGAUUAGCAAAGACAUAUUUUGGACGGACACAAGAAACAACCGAAUAGAAAUGGCGAAGGUUGACGGAAGUGACAGAAAGAUACUGUUUGACCGAGACAUUGACAAGCCUCGAGGUAUUGCUGUUGAUUCGGUCAAUGGGUGAGUAAGGAGAAGUUAUAUGUACUUUAAGUAUUGAAAUCACAACUUACGAACUGAGAAGCUCGAUAUAACUAGGAAACGUCUAAUUUUGACACUUAGGAUAGACCUUUUUUAAUUCUUUUUCUUUGUUAUUUCUUUUUUUGUUCAACCACUUCCUUAGGACGGUGUUCUCAACGCUUCAGGGUAUAGCAUUGAAGACGUGAAAUCAUCCAAAGUGCACUUUUUUCAUUAGUGGUGAAUCACGUUUCUCUGUUACAUGUUUUGUGCAAUUUGCUCUAAUGGCGUGAGAGAGUUGCUGCACAAGUCGUCUCUUCGCAACCAAAUGAGCAAAAUAAUAAACUAUCACCUGACACCCGACGUGACGCAUUUUUCCAGCAUGCCCUUGAAAUUUUGGCUAUUUUUUUAUUAAAAAAUGAGAGUUCUAAUGAUACAGAACCGUAACUGCCUCUCAGCAGGAUAGGUUAGCCAAUCGCCUUGACAAUUAUUAACAAUUUACUGCUCCUCGUUAAAUAAUCAGGUCUUUUUUUAAUAAUAUUAACACCUUGAAAUUAAUUGUUGUCAAGAGGAAUAACACAAAAUUAAUGAAUCAAAUCUUACAGGUACAUUUUCUGGACAGAUUGGGGUUCAAAUUCUAAAAUUGAGAGAGCCACCUUAGACGGGAAGGAAAGGGUCACCAUUGUAGAAACGAGUUCCAGUUUCCCUUUGCAGUGGGUAAAUGGCGUAAUAGUAGACUACGCUGAUUCAGAGAGCGUAAUUUAUUGGGUCGACGCUGGUCCGGGUGUGGUCGGUAGAGCUGAUCUGGACGGACGCAAUCGAAAACUAUCAAAAAAGAUAACUAACAGUCAUCUGGUCGCUAUAACACUUCACAACGGGACUGUCUACUUGUCUGAUAACAGAGCAAAAAAAAUUCGGCUGAUGGACAAAACAAACCUAGAAUAUCUUGGAAAUCUCGACCUGUCUUUCCCUGAAAUACAUGGAAUUACUGUAUUAGACGGAUCAAGGCAACCUCUAAGUAAGUAGAAAUUGUUUGUUGUUCUUCCUACUUCGAUUUUUUAAUUUAACCCUAUAUGAAACUUUAAACUAUAAACACUUUAAAUGAGACUAAACUAUUUUCAAGAUAAAUUUAGUCGUGUACAAUAAAAUCCUCAAUGUGGAACAAUUUUUUUUUUUUUUCGUACAAUCAGUUCAGGAAAACGUGUUUUAAAUUUCCAUGUAGAAGAAUGUUUCAUGGCGUACAUUUCUAAAAAGCUGCAGGAAAAGACAGCAAUACACCUUCAGUCACAAGUAUAAGAGAACAUUUUUUAGUAGCCAAGAGGCACUCAAAGUCGACACUCGACUAUCUUCUCUGAAAAUAAAAGAACGAAACAAACAUUUUUGAACCAUCAAUUAUCACUGCAUUACCCACAAAGAUAUUGGUUCACCAGUUGUAAUUAGCCAAAUCAAACUUCUUUUUAAAUAGAUCUGGUGGCUGUCAGUAUGACAUUGGAAAUGAAAAUGGAAGAGGUAUUUUAAUUUUCUUUUGAAGCACAUUUCAUCGCAACAAAAAGGAAAUCCUCUGAACCUCACCCCCAUCUCCCGCUCCCAGCAAAAAAUUAAUGGCUGGUGUCUUUUGCUUUCGCUCGGACACAAUUGUCUGCUCUUUUGGACUUCUAUGAUACUGUUACAAGUAAUACUGGCCAUUGCAGCUAUAUCUGUUCCUUGAACUAUCUGGAAUUUGCUUUGCUGCUGAGGGGUGGUCCAAAAGUCAUCACAUGAGAGGUCAUUCCCAGCUUUGCUAAGCGGUUGUAGCCUAAAUACUCCAGGCACGGUCUGUUGGGCACAUAACUCCUAAGCAGAGUCCCUUAAGGUUGGGCAGUCAAGGGGUUUACUGACUAAAGGUCGAAGUAUCGAUAUUACUAUAAGAUAAGUAGGUUGAAGAACCUACUCCUUUUUGUCUAUUUUAAUAACUUAUAAGAAUGUAUUAAAAUAUGUCUAUCAGUGGGAGGAGAAGAAAUUUAAACAAGCAGUCGUGAAAGGGAUAAAAGACUACUGCUAUAAGGAUACAUGCAGUUGCAAAUCAAGGUAUUGCAAACACUGUUUGUGGAAAUGAAAUGAUUCCCGUUUUGGUAUAUUACCGUUGUAGUUUGAAAUAUUCUUGCUAUAUAGUAAUAUUUAUGGAAACCCAACAUGGGAAGGCAUGCCCAUCAGAGCGAAAACACCAUUGAUAAUUAGAAAAAAGGAAGCAUUAAAGCUAUUUCCCGUAUGGACGAAUUAAAGUGACUGCCUCACUUGACAAGGAAGCAGGGGGAACCCAACACAGUGACCAAGUGUGCUUGACUGCUCUGACUCAGUGCACCUGAAUGUGGAACUUGAAUGUAAAGCAAUGUGCAACCACCACAUGAUCAUGCUUUAGCAUAAGUUAUGUAAAACAUCGAGAUAUCCUUUCCUUCUCGACAGAAACACAACCAUUGAAAAGCAGUUAUGCAGCAUCUUACCAAAUGAUUCCAACGCCAGUUCAGCUCAGAUCAGAGUCCUAAAGCAACCCGGAGAGUCUUCAGUUCUGAAUCAUACUGAAGUGGUUUUUUCACUCAUUCUUCGAACCCAAUCCAAUUCAUCCCGUAUGGUAAUAAAAAACAGCACUUUGGAUUAUAUCGUGCAAAAGAGUGUCUACUAUAUCAGCAAACAUUUAGGUGGAUACAAGGUUAUAUAUGUAAACUGUAACCCUCCAUCAUUCGAAAAUUUUUGUAAUUAUACGGAACUCCCCAAGGAUAUCAAUGGAGAGGAGGUUACGAAAGGAGUGUCGUCGAAAAAGGGAACCAUUGAUUCAACAACAGCAGGAACAGUCACAAGUGGAAUCGUUAUCGUUAUCAUUAUCGCUGGCGUAUUUAUCUGGCGCAAAAAGUAUGAAAUUAAUAAUGAUUUUAGAUAUAUGAAAAUUCAUAUAUUUGCACUGCGGUGGAGAGAUGAAAUUAAGAGAUCCUCGCAACUAAGAAGACUACUGAAACGAGUAGUUGUAAAUAGGACCAGGUCAGGUCCUAUUUACAACUACUCGUUUCAGUAGUCUUCUUAGCUGCGAGGAUCUCUUAAUUUCAGGUAUGAAAUUAUAUUUGAAUUAUUCAGUCAUUUCUCAUUCAUCUGUUUAUACUACCAGUCAAAUUUGAAAUUCACUUCCUUUGGAAUUGAUUGUAGAUAAAUAUAGCUUUUGUCUACGUUAGUGGACUUCACUUACUUAUAAGAUGAUAUCCUUAUAAUGAUCGGUGCCUCUGCAGUUCAAUUUCAACGGCUGUUUCAAUUCAUUUUUGUCUUUAAUUGAGUCAGUAGUAUAGUUUAUUUAAUUACUUGACUCAUAUUUUGCUCUGUUUACUUCUAGGCGGUAUAAUGGCGUAGGUGAUGAACAAGCUCAUGUGAUGGGUAAGGUGGAACAAGGCGAUAGGGACCCAGGCCAAGAGCUACACUUUAGCCAAGAUGUAGCUGUCAAUAACGGUGACCAAAAUACAGGUAAAAUACAGAUAAAACAGGGAGGAAACUUGACAACAACUACUGUCUAGGUUUGUCGAAUAAUAGGAAUUCUGUAAAUAACUUUGCAAUACAAGAGAGCCUCUCAAAUAAGGGGACAGGAGGACUGCAGCAUGGUGGAGUCAAUCGGGAUUCUGUUCUGAAAGAAAAGCAUACGUCCACGCAGUUACCCUGCCCUACCACAAAACGUGGAGCUUAAGAAACCGGUGAAGAUUGUGGCGCAUCUGGUCUUAAGUUACACAAUACCCACACGAUUUUAGGUUUUCCACGUGUAUUCGUUACCAACUGAACAUAAGAUUAUCCUAACAACUUUUUUAUCGCUCGGUUCUCUCCAGCACAUGUUUUUUUCUUACGUCAUAUGACAUCUACCAGGAUUUCCAGUCCUUUCCGCGCGAACGCCUGACACUUAACAUUAAUUCCUCUAGGAAACAACGUGAUUUCACUACCCAACACUUCCCCCUAACCUGAAAAAGAAAUGUCAUUCGUGACAUUUAGCAUGUGAUACAAAAUAUUCCUCUACAACAGUGGCUUGUGUAUUAGGAUUGUUCAACACAUAAAUCCUAGAGUGAUCAGGCCCAGCUCCUUACAGACCACUAACUAUCACAGUUCAUCUGACCAUACCUCUGUUCAUGAUUCUGUAUCACAAAGACCAUCUCUGGAUAGUUCUCUCAGCAUUCAUGAAACGAAUGUUAAAAUACACAAAAGAAAACUACAUUUUUGCUUCUAAGUUCUCUGAGCAACAAGAAUGUAGUACACGGGUUAUUGUCGGUCUGUACUGGAAUGGCUAGUGUGGCAUUUCCCAUUGUGGUAACUGAAGCACUGCUGGAUAGGGCAUCCAAUACGGCAUCAUCGUAUUUGCCCUCCAGAACAUCAUGGGUACCGCAGGUGGAGUGAAACCGGUCAUUGGUGGUGGCAGCAUACCGUACUGGUUUACUGGUGGCGCAGGUAUAUAGGGUACUGGCGAUGGUAUUCCAACCUGGUUUAUCUCGGUAGGUGGUCCUGCAUUAAUCUCUCGUACGUAAGUUGGGUUCCCAAGACUGUCAGAUGUUAGUCGUUUGGGUCCUUGUCUUGCCCGCUGAGGGCGACCUGGGUUCCUAGCAUCCUCUUCCAUGCUUGUUUCUCCACCAAUGGCUUGAGGGUUUUCAGUCACUGAUGCUUCAUCAGGAGAAUCAGUGAUGAUAGCACUUGCCUCAAUUUGGCCUGACACCUCAUCAGAAUUGACAUUUUGGGGGGUUUGGUUCUGCUCCCACUGCUUCUUUGCUUGCAGACUGUACCUGUAUCUGGGAUUGAUCAUUGCCAUCAUUUCCCGGUGAUAGGUAAUGGUGUGAGAUGUCGGGAAGGUCAUCAUCGCUGUCACUUCCAUAGCUAUGCUCAUCCUGCAUCAGCUGCUGACCGUCAUCGCAAUGAUGAAGUGUUGGUGGUCUCGGUUUCCUUACAGAAGGAAGCUCCUGCCACUGUUUAGACGGAAGAUGGUCACAAGGAAGUAACAGGUUUCGAUUUUAAGUACGACUCUGUCUCUGGCCUGAUUCUGAUCUCACGUCAUACACAGGGCUUCCCUCACCUCUUUUUGCAAUCACCACAUGAAUCUCAUCUUCCCAGAAGGCACGGAGUUUUCCAGGUCCACUGCGAGGGGUGAGGUUGCAGACUAGGACACGAUCUCCCACUUGCAGUGCUGAAGAUCUCACUCGUUUUUCGUAAUUCCUUUUUCCUCUAAUGGCACUUUUCGUGGCAGAUUUCAAUAAUAGUGAGUAAGCUUCUUGCAUGGCAGUCUUCCACUUAGUCACAUACUCAGCAUGUGAUCUGGCUCCUGUUUCUGGUUGUGGGUCAAAGAUUGCAUCAAUUGGUAGUCGUGGGCUUCGACCAAACAACAGGAAAAACGGAGAAUAACCUGUUGACUCAUGAACAGUGUAAUUAUAUGCAUGAAUGAGCUUGUUUACAUGGUCCUUCCAACUGGAUUUGCGAGUUUCAAGGAGAGUUCGCGGCAUAUUUAGUAGCGUGCGAUUCAUCCGUUCGACCAAACCGUUCCCUCCUGGGUGAUAAGGGGUAGUUCUAGAAUGCAUAACUCCAGGAAAAUUCCUCUAACCGCUCGAACAAACGAUUUUCAAACUCCCCUCCCAUGUCAUGAUGGAGUUUCUCUGGAAAUCCAAAACGCGGGAUAAAGUCAUUGAAGAUUCUGUCUGCAGCAGUAACGGCGGUUUUGUUCUUCGUUGGGUAUGCUUGAGUAUACUUAGUAAAGGGAUCUACCACAACCAGAAUGUACUUGUGGCCCCCUGAACUCCGUUCUAGGCGUACAAAGUCAAUGGAGAAUAUUUGAAGAGGAGCUGUUGUGACAAUUGGCUGUAAUGGCUCUCUUGUUGGUAGAUUUGGGCGUCUCUGUUUCAGACAGCGGCAUGUAUGAUGGAUAAAGUUGUCUAUAUCCCUCCUCAUGUAAGGCCAAUAAAAUCUCUCAAGAGCCAACGCAAGCACCCUCUCGACACCAGGAUGACCUAUUUCUUCAUGGAGUUCACGGUAUAAGGUGUGGUAGAACUAUCUUCUGAUUACGAUGCAGGAUACUACUCUUCUUGUCUUCAUGAAGUUUGUGCCACUCAGGAGCUUACGAACCAACGGCGAUUCUUUUUGUUUCUGCCCAACUGUCGGCUUCUGGUUUGCUUUGCUGACUUUCAGGACGCGCCCAAUGUGAGGUUCUUCUUUCUGUGCUCUCACUAUAUCCACCACUUUUACCUGAUUGCAGCCUGCUUGUGACGGAAUGUCUACCUGAUGGAGCUCCCCGUCGUCAUCAGUCAGGGCCAUCAACCAAAUUGAGUCCCCACAAUGUCUGAAUUCCACAGAUUGAGGCCUGCAAGCUCUCAGGAACUACCCUCUCAGUACAACUAUCCAUGUAGUUCUUGAAGUCAGCAGGUAUCCUGGAAAGACUGUCAGCAUCAGUGUUCAACUUGCCUGGUCAUUACCGUAUUUCAAAGUUGAAGUCCGCGAGCUCUCCAACCCACCUCAAUCAUGUGGCAUUUAGUUUGGCAGACGUUAACACAUAAGUUAAGGGAUUGUUGGCUGUGUAUACCACAAAUUCAGGGGCGUAGUAGAGGUAAUCCCUGAACUGUUCUGUCACUGCCCAUUUCAAGGACAGGAAUUCCAGCUUGCCUGAAUGCAUAUGAUAGUUACGUUCUGAUGGAGUCAGAGUUCUUGAUGCAUAGGCGAUUACUCGUGUAGAGCCAUUCCGUUCUUGGUACAAAACCGCACCUAGGCCAUCCUGUCACGCAUCAGUAUGUACUAUAAAUGGUGCAUCGUAAUCUGGGUACGCCAGUACAGGGGGUGACGUUAUGUGAUCUAUUAAGACCUCUAAUGCUGACUGGUGCUGGGUCUCCCACUCCACUGGUGAUGAAGAUGAUACUUGCCCAAUGUUUUCCCUUGGACUAUGUUUAGUGGAGGUGACAUUCUUCUUUCACAGGUCAAGGCUGAGAAGAUCAUAAAUGGGUUUUGCUGUUUGUGCAAACUUUUUGAUAUGACGACGGUACACACCAAGAAGACCCAUGAGUUUUCUCACUUCUCUAACUGUUCGUGGUCUUAAGUUCUUCAUUGCAAUCGCUGUACAUGUGGUUUUGGGAUCUAUUUGGUACCCAUCCUGAGAGAUAACUCUUCCAAGGAAAGGUACUUCACGUUUGAAAAAUGCACACCUUCUAGAUUUUAACUUUACACCAUAACUCUUCAAGCGACAGAGAACUUAACGAAGGUGUUCAAUGUGUUAAGAAAAUGUCACUGAGAAUGCUAGUACAUCAUCCAAGUAAGGAAUACAUAUCUCGUCGCGGAGCUCCCUGAGGCAAUUCUCCAUAAAUCUCUUAAAAUUUUCUUGCGCAUUCAUCAGUCUGAAGGGUAUCCGAACCCAUUCUUAUAGCCCCCACGGUGUGACAAGGGCUGUCAAUGGUUGACAGUACUUUCCCAUGAAUCCCUGGUGGUAGGCUUUGCCUUGGUCCAGGACACUAAACCACGACUUGCCCCCCAAACUGUCCAAAGCUUCCUGAAUACAAGGAAUCGGGUGACGGUCUGGCACAGUUUUCUUAUUUAAUUCUCGGUAAUCUAUACAUAGUCUCAUUCCACCAUCUCUCUUACGGACACAUACAACACCACUUGAGAAUGGGGAUGUAGACUUCCUGAAGAAAACCUCGGUUAAGCAGGUCCUCAAUAUAGCCUUAACUUCUGGAUAAAACGGACGGGGUAGGGAAAGGUAAUUCUUCUGAACUGGCUGGUCACUAGUCAUCUUAAAUAUCCAUUUCUAACUCUGAGAUGCAGCCAACAUCAUUGUCACUCAUCGCAAAUGCAUCUGCUUCUUCCAACAACAACUGCUUUGCUUGCUCCUUUUGUUCUGCUGUCAGUCCACUCACAUCAACUUCUGGUAACUAAGACAAAUUACUCUCAAUUUUCUCAGUUAGUUUAUGUUCUUCGCAGGGCAGCUCCUUGUCUGGAGUCUGCGUCUCUGUAUUCUUGAAUCUCACUUCAACAGGAGUCACCGAGCGAACUAACCGAAGGCGGCCCAGGACCACUCUUCUGGGAAGAGAGAUGUCGUGAUUGGUGUUGUUGGUCACGUUGAGGGAUAAUAUGGUAACAUCACCUUCCUUCAUAGUUGUAAGGGAAUCAUGUACUUCUAAUCCUGAAGGCCAGGUAGCCAGCUCAUCUGGUUCAAAUAUUACCGGUGUCUUGCGGUGAAUUGUUCCAGUGUUGGCACGACAAGGUAAACGAAUAGUCUGUCCAGCAGGGAUAGUAUGUGCCUUCUUAGCGGAUUCAACAAAGCAAAGCUCAUCAGAAUUAGUAGCACGUAUGAUGCUUAUCAAGGCUUGUAUGUCACUAUCUCUACUUGGAAGCUUUUCAUCGUCCUUCCUGGUAAUUUUUCCCCAUCCACCUCACCUUCAGUGUUCUUCACCAUUAGCUCUAUGACAUUACAACCAAUGAUGGGCUGUUCAAUUUCCUCCUUCGUUACUAAGAAUGGAACUCUUACCUCUGCCUCAUUCACAUUUGAUAACCCCACACCAAUCUCUGCGCACCCACAUUAUGGGAUAUCAGUUCCAUUUGCUGCUUGCAAACUAAGAGAACCAUUGGAACCAAGUAACUGUUCAACAUCUUGUAUUUGGACAGAUAAUAGCUGGCUCUUCAGAAAACCUUCGGACACAAUGGAGACCUGGGCUCCAUAAAACGUCUAAAGGCUUGUCAUCUGGAUAGCACUACACCGAGCAUUUCCUUCCCACCAGCUUGGCUGUACGCUUUUGUUGCUUUGGGGUGAUAUGGCAAACAUAACAUUCUCAUCUUGGGUAUCUCCUAACCCCUUUCCUCUACGAGCUCUUUCCUCAGAUAGUUCUUUGAUUGCCUUGCACAACACCUUUUGUUUUGGUCGAUGAGCCUUCUGGUAACCCACGGGACAUUACCGCACAGACUGGCACGCCGAACACUGCAAUAACUGUGUAUGGCAAUCAAACUUCAGGCAACCACUACACUGGUGGGACUUCUCUUCCUCUGGCGAGGCUACUCCCUGUCCCGCAGGGUAGCCAGGGUGCGUUUCCCAGAUGACCUCUAUACUUGGUUUGACAAUAGCGUGCAAUGCAGAGAUAGCAAUGUGGGCAGCGGUCGCCUUCCCUCUUUCUCCUACGCUCUUGGCAACCAGGUGACCUUGCUCCCAUUGUCACUCCAUUUCCAGGACGAGAAGGCCUUAUGGAGUCUACUUUCUGGCUAAUUGCUGUUUCACGGAGUUUCUCAACUUCCGACCGCACUGAAGCCAGAUUUGCUUGCACGGCUUUCAGGGUUGCUAGAAUAUGCUGAUCCUUGUGCUGCUCCUUCUUUGUACUUGUAUCAGCUGAACUCUCUACUGUGUACACCUUAGCAGCACCUUGCCUCACGCUUACUUGUAAACAACACGAUCAGAAACCCACAAAAUCCACUAAAUAAAACAGCGUUCCUACCUUUCACUAGCCUCACAACUACGUUCCACUACCUUUUUCACCAGCCGCCCCUAACAAACGCCCUCUCACACCACAAUCCGUCACAUUCUUCCCGCUAAAAGUCUUUCAGCACAAUCUGCCAUGUGCUUGAACAUACGAUGGCGGCUGUCCACAUAAAGUCCUCGCAUGAAGUGGUCAAACAAACAUCAAUACAGGCAAAUCCACACAGUUGCGUCGAAAAAUCCUCUCGGACAGGCCCCCAGAAAUGUUACACAGAAUACCCACACGGUUUUAGGUUUUCCACGUGUAUUCGUUACCAACUGAACAUAAGAUUAUCCUCACAAGUUUUUUAUCGCUCGGUACUCUCUAGCACAUGGUUUUUGUUUCACGUCAUACGACAUCUACCAGGAUGUCCAGUCCUUUCCGCGCGAGCGCCUGACACUUAACACAAAUUCCACUAGGAAACAACGUGAUUUCACUACUUAACAUUAAUAAACCAGUUCAAUUCAAGGUCGAUGUAAACUCGAAAGAUGUAUAACUAACUUCUAACUUUUCAAGAAAUGGUUCUUAAGAAAACUGCCUGCGCUGCCAAAUUAAAUACCACACUAUAUAAUGGGGGUGUAUUCGAAAUGUCUUUAUUUCGAUUGUGAUGUAGAAGUUGAAGUAGCUAUUCAAUGCUCCAAAUAUCUUGUAUUUCCAUUUUUCACCGUGAUUCUCGUUUGAGAAUAGAUAAGUAUCAAUUACAAAAAUAAUGUUAUACCAGGGAAAUGAUUUAAAUCUGACACCUGAGUAUUCUUAGCUGGCAGUAAUUUGGCGCCAAUUACAUAGCAAAAUCCAAUGUUGUGCCUAAAAGCAGAGCAUAGGGAGAGCAGAGGGGUAUACGUCUGCGCAUGUGCCAAUAAAAUUUGUUCGUCGCUUUCGGCGCCAUUUCGGUAUUUUCAGCGCGCUUCCGUGGGUUUUCAACUGGCGAUCGACACCUUUUCGUCAUAUUUUUUGGAGAGGGAUGAAGAUUAUGACAAGUUUACCACCAUUUCUAACUCUGUGGAUACUCGUGGAGUUUGCUGGCUCUUCGGAUGAGGAUAUGUUAAGGAUCAAAGUGCGAACAAAACGCAAAAAAAGGCCGAAAACUUGAAGUUUGAGAUUUGACUUACUGACGAUCAAGAUGUGCAUAUGAGACUAAAAAUCUUCAAGGUUAGUCUUAAGAUGUUGAUGUUUUACUUCUAUGAAUCACGAAGUUUUAUGUGGAAACGAUCGUGAGAUAUUCGUUACGAAAAUAGAAAGUAGUUUAGAAUUUGAUCUUUUUUACUGGAACUUUGAAAUUAAAAUUGCUCAAAGUUCGAGGAGGCCCCCAAGCUUCUAAUCACUUCAAACAGGCGCGUCUUUUCUUUCUCUUUGUAGUCAGUUAGAGCACAAGGAUUUAAAAAAUGUUCCAGCUUCAGGAUUGAGUUGCUCUUACUACAACCUUCGGCGGAUUCGUUUUUGGGAGGUUGUGGUGGAUUUUCCAAGUCAUGGCUCACAACUGUUUUUGGCCUUUUUGCUCUCCAAGUCUGUUGCACAUGGUAUGUAGGCAUGUGUCUUAACAACGGUUAUAAUCUUGCCUCAGUCAUUUCCGGUUUUAUCUUAUUUUCUUGCUGUGUUUUGGUGAGAAUUUUUUUAAUUGCCUUUUUGGGCUUGAAGUGCUAACUAGAGGAUAAACUUAGGGAAAACUGAUUCAUCACAUGGCCCUCAAAUCCCUCACCACUUUUAGUUCAUUGUUUAUUUAUUUAUUUAUUCCGUCUAACCAGUUUAUUUAUCACAAAAAAAUGCGCGGGUUUUGUCUCAUGAGUUUAAACUGGUGCCGUUUUCUUGAUGUUCAUGUGUUAUUCGAAAGGAAUGGCGUCAGCUUCAUUCUGUCUUGUUUUUUUCAGUACAAUUCUUCUGCCAUGCGGAAUGAAUUUUGAGUCGAAGUGUACUAUGAAACUCGCAAAGCAAAAUUAUCAAACUUUCUCUGGUUCUUAAAAUAUGAGACGAGUGAUACAACAAAUCGAUAAUUACUUAUGGGGCUGGAACUCCUUGUUUCUUUAGAAUGUUAAUUACAGUAUUGCUGUCGUAUUUGAAAACGAAUAUCAGGUUAAAAUAUCUUCGGACCAGUUUGACUAUAUCUAAUAUCUUCGGACCAGUUAUCUGCUGUUUAGGGAGAUGUGAAGUGACCCCACUACAUAUGGUUGGUACCAUUAACAGAAUGGAUUGGUGUGACAGUUAUUGUGGCAUGCUGGUAUUCAAGAAAUUGAGAAUAUGCAACUUUUUUCCUUUUUUUGCAAAUGUAAAAUUAUCAAUAAAUGUUUUGAAAGUUUUGCCCAAAUUUCAUUGAAAAAGAAUAGGAGUGAUCAGGUGAAAUAUUGUCAUGUUCCCUAACAGUGCUUGAGCUUCUGGUGGGAGCUUUAAAAUUGCUUAAGUGUCUGAGAUAUGAUUUGUCUGCCAUAAAAUUGGCACAGCCAAACCCCUGGCUAGAAAACUAUAAAUUUCCUCAGAUGGGCAUCCAAGCUGAUGUCCAUUACUACUAACAGUUUAUGCAAUGUCAAAGUCCCCUUUUGAGGUAAGUCUCAUUUCUCUAAAAUCUGAUAGAUAUAAAUCAUAUGUUUUCCUGAAGAGAUCUACGAACCUCUCCACAUUAGUUUAAUCUAACCUCAUGUAGUCUUGUUCCCAGGGAAAAAGGCUUUGGAGAUAUUUUUUUUAUCCUUACUGUUAAAUAUCAGCCCAACUGGUUCUUUGUUGUUUAACAUGUAAUAAGAGUAUUUUCAGCCUAUCGAGUUGUCACAUAACUCUUGUAAUUUAAGGGGUUGUAGAAUAAGAUUGCAUACAGUUUUGUUGUGCAGUCGAAAUGAUAAAAUGAAGACAUACAUAGAUACGUCCAUUGUAACUCCCAACUUAGGCUUUUCGGUUACAAUGUCUAACUACAAUAUUUAAAAUACAUAUAAGUUAAAAAGGAUUUUAAGGCUAGAAUCAAUUACAAAAGACCUAAGAAUAUGAUUUAAAUAUAAUUUUAAAAUUUCAAUGUAAUUUUUGUUGGGAAAUAAUUGAUUUAUUUAACUAUUCAUAUUACAACUGGAAGCCCAAACUAGUACUUGUUUUAAUUCUUAAUUUCCCCACAUCAUUGAUCAUAUCUGAUGAUUUUUCCGAGACUAAUGAUUGAAAAGACUUUUCCUCACUCCUAUAAAAUCCAUAAUUAUUCCUCCUUUUCUAACAAGCUCUUUGAUGUAACGACCGUAUCUCUGGUACUUACGCUGUCUUUCUUUUCUUUACUCGAUAUUUGACCCUUUUUGUUGGUAAUCGGCCCCGCCGGUUGUGAUUCACAUAAAAAAAAACUUUUUGAAACAAAACAUAAACUUCUGUAAACUUUACACUAGCAGUACAGUUGAAGCUCUAAAAGACGCUCACAGGAAAGUGAGUACUUCAAAUGAUCCACGAUAGCUUGAGAUAGCAAUGACACGAUAAAAGUAUACUAUCCAAUUCGUUUGUGCUCUUCGACAGGCCUCUUGCAUCCUUCUCAAACAACAUCGUCUAAAUCGAUCGCCCAAGUAAUCACAAGACAAGACUCGUAGUCAUUUGUACAAUCUUUUGCUUUUUGAAAUUAACUUCCUUCCACAGACCACACUACAAUUUUAAGACUUUGCCGCUUCUAUCUAAGUUACAGCGGGAAAGAUGAAGAGAAAAUUUGUCUCAAAUAUUCCAUCCAUCGUUGUUUUCCGACGUAUUUUCCUUCUUUUCUUUGGCGAUUACCGACGCAGGCUCAUGUCAGCAGUUUCUCGCAUCAAACUAAAAUAUACAGGAAAUGCGCAACAAAAUGCUCCUCUGCUCAGGUAUUAUGAAUUUAGAGAAGAUCAAGAAGGCGAUUGUCAAAUCUGCCGGUGAGAGAAAUACUUCGAAGGGAAGCAAACGCACGGGUGACUUAAAAUUGUCUCUUUAUUUUAUUCUGUUGACACCUUUUUGGUGAAAAAAGAAAAGAAAUACAUAUAUUUCAUAUAAGUUUCCAAAUUGCAACGUUUUUGAAAAUACAUAGAUAUAUAGAUGUAUUUUUUUAAUUUUUGACUUGUAUGUUUCAAUUGGCAACAUAACUUAACUUGCCUCUGAAAUUGCAUUUCCCCUCGCAAAUAUCUUAGAGGAUUAAGGCUUAACUUGGCUACAAUUCUUCCAGCUAAGAUCCAAAUGGCUCUGGGCUUGAGAUUACACACUGAGGAUGAUGAGAGGUUUUUAUGGCGACUUCAACAAGGACAAAGUGUGUAAUUCAUUAAGAAUUCCGGUGUUAAUCGACACAUGCGUGAUGGGGCGCUAGAAUUACCUAGGGACACUGGACACCACUUAGUAUCCUGGCGACCAAUUGCAGAUUCAUCAAAACAAGUUGAACGGCUUUAGCGAUCGCAAACUUGUUUUGAUCGCAUGAACUAAACGCACGGUGAACUAAAAAACGUGAUGGCGCUUCCACAAACUGUGGGCUUCAAAGCUGAGGAAGGCGAUGAAGAAGGAGUUUGGUGUACGUGCACUGUUGAAGAAGUAGACGAUGAUUACGUGAUCGUUUCCUUUGACGGCUGGAACACGGAGUGGAAUCGCUGCGUCUGUGAUCCACGAGAGAUCAGGGAUCGAACAUUGCCUGAUCGGAAAAGAAAGCGAAGAAACCUUCCCCUUCAGUGACCAAUACCUUAGCUUUAAGAAGACCGACUAAUACUUUUAAAUAUCCCCCAAACUUAUGUAAACAAAAAGCUCAUAUUAAGGUUCGCUUCAAUUUCGGGCAUGAAUUUGCAUAAUCUUUCAUAGACGAAAUCUUUAUGAAUUUCAAAGAUCAAAACCAUUUUCUAAACUACAUCUGCUUUAUCUUUAUCCACUUAGCAAAUAAAGCUUACCAAAUUACAGUCAAAACACCAGACGUAGUUCACUUCGAAUUUCUCGAUCUAUCCUAGUUUCUCCGACCGCAUCCAAACAGGUUUUACUACAGUGGAACGUAACGUAAAAUACGUCACGCAUUACUUGGUAACAAUGCUCAUGCUCCAGUUUUCAGGAAAUGUUGACAUUGUAUUGAAAAAAGGGUAUAUGCCUAAAAACGUUUUAUUUAGUGACAUGUUAUGAGCUUAGUAGUAAGGGAAAAUCUCCAAUUUUGGGUUUAGUGGGCCCUUCUCCCAAAGUCUCAAGGUAAUGUUAUAGUAUCAAUCGGUGUUCUGUCUUCUUCUAGGAGUGUAUGCUUUCAUUUUUUACUUUUCUGAACAUUAAACCAGCAAUGUGGGUAUUGGGUCAUGUGUACUCAUGAAAUUAAUUUGUUUGUAUCAAGGUAAUACAACUGGACCUGACGAGACUGAUUUGCCCCACUACCCAGGUAAAGAGUGUUAGUGAAAUAAUUAAUGCAGUCUCAGAUCAGGGAAGUUGCAUAUUAUUUGAAGGAAAACUGUGGCCUAGUUAAAGUGUUAUUUUAUCCUAGGGAAAGAAAAAGUUUUUAGUCUGUCAGUAUAAUGACUGUAAUCAUGACUUUUGAUCCCAGGCAUUUAGCUAGACCAUGGCCAUCUUCAGUGGGCUAAGAAACUGAAAAGAUCAACAACCCCUGUGACUGUAGGGAAAUUGUUUUUUACCCAGAUACAGUAAAAAAAAAGAAGUAAAAGAGAGAAGAAUAAGAAAAUCGGGCUGGAGCUUUACAGUCCAUCUCACUUGUUUCAAUCAGGCCUACUAUAAAAUAUCAGUCCAUUACAAUUUGGAAUUUUUUUUUUUGUAGUCUAAUUUCCAAAAUCAUCAAUGUUUUGAAUUCUGUUUUUACACAAUUUUCUAGGAAUGCAAAGACCUCCAAUAAAAUUGCAGUCAGGUCCAAAGUCACUCACCGUUGGUUGGUGAUUUUAAACCCAAUAAAAAUAAAAGAAGUAGUAUGCAGAAAAAUCCUGAGUCUGUUAAUGUAACAUUCAAAUUAAGAGAUUUCAAUAUCAAAACACAUAUUUGUUAGAAACUUAGACAUAAAUGAUCUCAAAUUGAUUAAAAGUAACUCUGAAAUUUAAUACUUAGUUUCAUUCAUGAGACAAGUCUUUUUCUACUCCUUCCCCUUUCUUUCUGCAUAAGGGAUAUCAUGAUUUCCCUGUUUUCUAGUAAAUUCAGCCCGUGUUUUCCGGCUGGGCCCAGUGUUGUCACCAUAAGCUUAAACUUUGAACUGAUCAACCCAGCAGCCAGAAAAAAAUUUUAACUUCCUCACUGAUGAUGUCUUGAUGCUUGUUUUUGUUUCCACAUUAAACAAUUCCUUGCUUACUUUUUUUACCCCCACAAAUAGAAAAGGAUAUGAGGAGGAAUUUUUUAGAUGUAGAAAAAAAAAAAUUUUCUUCCAUGAUUGUUUUGACAGCUCGUGGUCCAACCCACAUGACGGGGAGAUCUGUCCAGGAUGGUCUCCCCAGCACAAGCACAAGCGCAAGAGGAUCAGAAGAUGAUAUGCCUCUAAAUGGCAGCAAUUCUUCAUUUAGUAAAAGUGAACCAGGUAAAAUGUUUGAAAAAUACACCCACCACCAUCUUAUGAUGUAUUAGCUCAAGGUUGUCAACCAAUGAAUUGCCGUCUAACAACACCUGCUCUUUACGUGACUUUAUAUCAUAAAACUUUGGAUACCUCCCUACUGAAAGUGUCGAAACACAUCAUGUCAGCAUUGGAGAAAAGAGGGAAUGAUUAAUUGAAGUUUACUUCUCCUAAUGCUGCAAGAGCAAUAUGGCCUAUGCAGCACAAUCCUAAAUGGUUAAGUUGAAUACAUUUAUAUAACAUAUCUAAUUUUCAACAUCAAAUAGGAGAAAUGUACCUGGUCAGGAGAAAUACUUACAGUAGGUUACACGAUUGUGUAUCUUUUGAUCACAACAACCUUUGACUUGGGUUUUCUAGUCUUGGGGAAAAAGGCUUCAAAAUUUAUAGUUUUGCGUCGCCUAUUUGCGACUGCGGUGUUGACUCUGAAUCAGUGAAACAUUGUUUCCUGUAUUGCCCAAGGUAUGCCGUUCAAUGUAAUGUCCUCCUUACCUCUGCUGCUAGUAACAUGAGACAUGGUCUUCGAGCGGCGAUGCAAGGAAACUAAGCUUUUUAAUGUAAGGUGUUGAGUCUGUAAAUUACGAUGUCAAUUGUGCUUUUUUUCCGCGAAGCGCAAAUUUUAUAAUCAAUACUAAUCACUUUCCAAUGGCCAUUGUUUGAUUGUUUAAAUAAUAUAUCCCUAGCUAUGUAGGUUUAACUCGUUAUCACAAUUUGUGGGUGUUGUCUGUGUGUGUAUUCGUGUGAGCCUGUAUAAAUUAAAUUAAAGUUUAUAUAUUCCCCCUAAGCAAGCCUAAAAAAAAGGUUGUGUUCAUUAGUGGUGGUUACGAAUGUUUUUUUCUCCAGUAACAACAAAGAGGGCAACCUAUUCUUUGUUCCUUUCCUGUUUAUAGAUGAAUGUAACAUAGUGGAAGAUGAGAGGCCAGGCGUUGAGGAUAACAAGAAGAUCAACAAAGAGGGCAGUGGAAUGAAUCAGAUGGAUAAUGCCGCAGCAGACCUAAAAAGUGCCAACGAUAAUGAUUCAAAUGCAGAUCAGGCUAAAGUGACUGCCACUGGGCGAUCUUUUAAAGCCGCAGACAUUCCAAUUAAAGUGAAGCGUAGAAUCUGUCUUAAACUUAAUAUAGAAGAUAAUUAUCAUUUUAAAGAUUAUCGCUUUCUUGGAGAGAAAAUGGGAUUUGAUCAAGAUGUAAUAAAAAAUUUAAAACAGGCAGCAAAUCCUACCGAGGAUCUUCUUAACUUGUGGUCUGUUAAGUGUGAGGCAACUGUAGAGAAGCUCAUAGAGUUUCUUAGAGAGGAUGAUAUGGAUAGAGAUGAUGUUGCAACCAUUCUUGAAGACUGGUUGAAAAAAGAGAUUUCAAAUACUUGA